CGUGUCACGUGACAGCGUCUGACAGCUCAGAGGAGGAACACCAACAUGGCGGUGUGCAUAGCAGUGAUCGCAAAGGAGAACUACCCGCUGUACAUCCGCAGUGUGCCCACUCAAAAUGAGCUGAAGUUUCACUACACCGUGCACACCUCCCUGGAUGUGGUGGAGGAGAAGAUCUCAGCAGUGGGCAAAUCUCUGGGAGACCAGCGAGAGCUGUACCUGGGUCUGCUCUACCCCACUGAAGACUACAAAGUAUAUGGGUAUGUAACCAACUCCAAGGUGAAGUUUGUCAUCGUUGUGGACUCGUCAAACACAUCAUUGCGGGACAAUGAAAUUAGAAGUAUGUUCAGAAAAUUACACAACUCUUUUACCGAUGUAAUGUGCAACCCAUUCCACAGUCCCGGGAACACCAUUCAGUCGAAGGCCUUCGAUGGCAUCGUAUCUGGAAUGAUGGUGCAAACUGGCUGACUUCUCUUCCGCCCCAUCGUCUGAGCCUCCACUGUAUAGAACCCCCACCCCUAUUGUUUUGUUUACACGUGGCCUUGAUUAAAUGCAUAAGUAAUAAAGCAUAAUUGUUGCUGUA